AUGGUGUGGCCAUUUUCUAAGAGUAAAACGCAAGAAGCAAGUACCGAGGUGGAAAGGAGUAUAUCAGAGGAACAGCAAUUAACGAAUUAUGCUAAAGGACAGAAGUUUCUAUUUGAGGAUACAAAACCCAAAUUCAAUAAUGAGUCCAGUAGUAUGGCUGCUCGAGAGCAGGAACGUGCGUCUUUGAAAGAGGCAUGGAAUACGAUAGACGUGAAAGAUUUCAGUGUCGAAAAGGUACUGUCAAUUCCAUGUUUCAGAGACGCAGGGAUCGGAGGGUUUACAUCGAUGUUUGUUGUCGGAUCAGUGAUGUUCUUGUACCAUAAGAAUCCUGCUCGUGCGGCAAAUUGGGGUGUAGGAGGUUUCAUACUUGGAUCCAUUGUAGGAUGGGAGCAAUGUCGCAUGCGUCGUAGACGAAGCUUCCAAGUGGCAGCAAUGGCCAAACAGACUGUUGCAGCAAAGGAGAAACCAAUGCUGAAACAGGUUAAGAAUAUAGAUACAGUCAAGAAGGAAUGGGAAGAGGGCUCUAGAAACAGUAAACCUUGGUACAAAUUUUGGUAG